AUGAAACGCCACAGGCAUCUAAGCACCAGUGACAGUUCAGACAAUGAGAGUCCUUCCACUUCCUUUUCUUCUUGUUCUAAAUACAGGAGCAAGUCAAAAACACCAGCAAAUGAACAAAAGAAACCUGCUGAGGUGUUCCGCAAGGAUCUCAUUAGUGCCAUGAAACUACCAGAUUCUCACCAUGUCAAUCCUGAUGAAUAUUAUAUCUUUGCGGACACGUGGAAACAAGAAUGGGAGAAAGGGGUUCAAGUUCCAGCCAGUCCAGACACUAUUCCACAACCUUCUCUCAGGGUUGUAGCAGAAAAGGUGAAAGAAGUACUGUAUACACGACCCAGGAAAUACAUCCACUGUUCCAGCCAAGAGCCCACAGAACCAGGUUACAUCAACAUCUUGGAAUUGGCAGAAUCUGUGUGUCGCUAUGACUUGGAUGACAUGGACAUCUUUUGGCUUCAGGAGCUGAAUGAAGAGCUUACAGAAAUGGGAUGUGGACCCCUGGAUGAAAACACAAUGGAAAAGACAAUUGAAGUACUGGAACGGCACUGUCAUGAGAACAUGAAUCACGCUAUUGAGACUGAAGAAGGAUUGGGUAUUGAAUAUGAUGAAGAUGUCAUCUGUGAUGUGUGCCGGUCCCCUGACAGUGAAGAUGGGAAUGACAUGGUUUUUUGUGACAAGUGUAAUAUCUGUGUCCAUCAGGCAUGUUAUGGAAUCUUAAAAGUACCUGAAGGGAGCUGGCUGUGUCGCACCUGCGUCCUGGGAAUACAUCCUCAGUGCCUCCUGUGUCCUAAAAGAGGGGGUGCCAUGAAGGCUACCAGGACAGGGACCAAGUGGGCACAUGUGAGCUGUGCUCUCUGGAUUCCAGAGGUUAGUAUUGCUUGCCCGGAAAGGAUGGAGCCAAUCACAAAGGUGUCUCACAUUCCACCAAGUCGAUGGGCUCUAGUGUGUAGUUUAUGCAAACUGAAAACUGGUGCUUGCAUUCAGUGCUCUGUGAAAAGCUGCAUCACUGCCUUUCAUGUCACCUGUGCCUUUGAGCAUAGCUUAGAGAUGAAGACUAUCCUGGAUGAUGGGGAUGAGGUCAAGUUCAAGUCAUAUUGUCUAAAGCACAGCAAGAACAAACAGAAUUCGCUGCCUGAUGUUGAUGGGCACCCCAAGAGCGUGUCAGACCAGAAGCAAACAGAGAGCGAGAAAACCAGUUUGCGAGCCCAGAAACUCCGGGAGCUGGAAGAAGAGUUUUACUCUCUAGUUAAAGUGGAGGAUGUUGCAGCAGAACUAGGCCUUCCUAAACUUGCUGUAGACUUCAUCUACAAUUACUGGAAAUUAAAGCGAAAAAGUAACUUUAACAAACCAUUGUUUCCUCCCAAGGAGGAUGAAGAAAAUGGCUUGGUGCAGCCAAAAGAAGAUAGCAUUCAUACUCGCAUGAGGAUGUUUAUGCAUUUGAGGCAGGACCUAGAGAGGGUAAGAAAUCUCUGCUACAUGGUAAGCAGGAGAGAGAAACUGAAGUUGUCUCACAGUAAAGUACAUGAACAGGUCUUCAACUUGCAAGUCCAGCUCAUUAAUCAGGAAAUUGCUGCAGGCCAUACCCUGACAAGUGCACUAGAGAACACACUGUUCUACCCACCUCCCAGGAUCACCCUGAAGUUAAAAAUGCCCAAAUCAGCACUAGGAGAUUGCAAAAAUAACUCGCUGAAGCCUGGCAACAGACCGCUCUCUCCUGACAACAACAGCACUGUUUACAGCAAACGGAGCAUGCCGAUGUCAAAGGAAUCGUUUGAAAUUAAAGCAAGAUCUUACUCCAGGUAUCAGCAUGACAGCAGAAGUAACGGGUUGCUGGCAGGGAUUGGCAAGCCUCGGAGCGAGGCGAAGGAUUCUGGCCCCAUGCAGAUGCCGGAGUUUCAUCGGGGCCAGCCGUCCGGGAAGCCCUUAGCGCUCCAGGCUGCUUUGCAUGGACAGUCUUCCAUUGGGAACGGGCGGGUGCAGCAGGAGAACUCAAGGCUGGCAGCCAAGUCCAACGGUCUGAUGGGCAGGGCUGGUGAUGUGAGCCAGAGAGACAGCUCUAGCCAGACGCCCUACGAACAAGAGUCCGUGCUCACGGCUCACUUGGCCAGCCAGAGUGGUUUCAGAAAAUCCACCAUAGAACAUUUUAGCCGGUCCUUUAAAGAGGCUACCAACAGUCUGGUGAGGACCACAGAAGAUCUCCGGUGCUGUGAAAAGCCAACGAGAAGACUUGCAACAAAAGAUCGCUUGUGGAGCAAGCAGACACUUGAAGGUGCUCCGUACCAGGACAAUGACGGGUACUGUCCUGACUUAGAGCUGAGUGACUCUGAAGCAGAAAGUGAUGAAAACAAAGAGCAAGUGAGGUUAAGACGAAGUAGCUCAGAGAGAGAAAGCCCCAGUAAGGACUUUGGAAGAGAUUGUCACAAUAGAAACAAAAAGAAUAUGAUUUCUCACAGUUCAGUACAAAGGUGA